AUGAUGCUCACCGUCUGCUUGUGCUUGUUCAUCGGUGUUUGCCUGGGUGUGGAGGUCCACCAAAGUCCACCACAACUCUUGGUGAAAGUGGGGGAGGAAGCCCAGCUGGUCUGCAGCCAUCAAAGAGGAGACUACAGGGUGAUGCAGUGGUAUCAACAGUCCCCGGGAGAGUCGGCACUCAAACGCAUCGGUGCUUGUCUGAGCCUGGAGGUCCAUCAGACUCCUGAAGAAAUCCUCAUAAAACCCGGAGGCCGAGCCGAGAUGGUCUGCCAACACAGCAGAACCGACUACAGACAGAUGCUCUGGUACAAGUACUCCACUGAGAACAACCUCAUGGAUCUGAUUGGAUACCUUUAUUAUGAAAAACCCACAAUGGAGGAGCCGUUAGGUUUCAGCGCCACUGUUCUCCAGUCAGAGGAUCAAUUUUCUCUGGUCACUCAGGAGGACAAUCAUAAAGGUCAGCUGAGUUGCAUCCAAGAACAUGAUACCAGCGAGCCACAGGUCCAGAUCUUCACACCAGCUGAAAAAGAAUGUCAGGCCAGCUCUCAGCGCAAAGCAUGGAAGAAAACAUUGGUGUGUGUGGCAUCUGGUUUCUACCCCGACCACGUUGAAGUGACCUGGGACAUCGAUGGGACAAGAGCCACCCGAAAUGUGGCGACAGACAGCCUCGCUCAGAGGGAGGAAGGGUCUCAUAAGUACAGAAUCACCAGCAGGCUGAUGGUGGAGGCCCAAACUUGGGCGAGAGCUGGCAUCAAGUAUACCUGCACGGUCAGUUUCUACAAUGGAACACGGCGAAGAGUCACGCAAGAAAAUCCAAGUCCAAACAAUGUCCCCAACACCGUGAGAUUCCAGAGGCUCAGUCAGGGAGCCAAACUCUCCUACGUCACGUUGAUCGUCAAAAGUGCAGUUUAUGGAGCCUUCGUUGUGUUGCUGCUGUGGAAGAUGAAGGGCCCCAGGUCAGCACACUGAAUGGAUCGUUGAAGAUGGAAGCCAUUCACUCUCAAACAACAACUGUAAAUGACUGUUACUGCAUUCAUAAAAAUAAAUUUGAUGAACAAAUCAUACAAAAAUAAAUGAAGCCCAAUAAAAAGUUUG